GGGUCCUGACAUGACAUACGACGAGAAGGGAGAAAUGUUGUCCGAUUCGGAUUGCGACGAAGAGUGAAGUCGUUGGUGGUAUGUAAGCUCCCGUUCGCUCCUUCUUCUCCGCCAUCGAACACUUGUUGACCAGUACCGCAGUGAUUGGACCUCGCGCCCCCCGUGGUACAGAUGGCUAUGAUGGAUGACGCUGCCCCUCCUCGGCGAAUGCUUAUUCCCGUAUUAUUGAAUCGCUGUGCUUUUAACCUCCGCUAAACAGCCGCUAGUUAAAUUUCCUGCGUGAUAGACGUGGUUCAUGACGUUUACUGAAUCCCUUCGCACCGAUUUUGCGGCCGCCUCAUUUCCAACCUUCGCCCUGAAUUCUCACCCACCAUCACAAUCGCCUUCGCCUCCCCUCCCCCCACCCACUCACGGUGCCGCCCUCCAACGGCGGAAACGUGAGGACAUGAAGUAAAACGUGGAGGCCGAAAGCAAUGCACAGGUAAACGCAACCACCCCAUCACGCAUUCGCAUCUGUCCAGGUUUUCUCCACGCACUGACCACGCCUUUUGCCGCCGC